GCGAGACUGACUGCAGCGCCCUGUUUCCUUUCGCCGCUGUAAAUGGGCAAGUGCGCGAGCUCCGGCAAAAUUCAAGUCAUCAACGGUCAUAAACUUUAAUCACAAACAGCGUACAACUCUCAUUUUUACAUCGGCUGUUAGUAAAUUAAGCCAGGCUGUUGUUUCUGAAGCGCCUCGGCGUAGUUUGGUGGUUAGUUUGAGGCGUUAACAGUGUAAAAGAGGAGUUGUGGGUGGGUUUGGCGGUUAUGGCAGCACCGCGACCCAUUAAAGGGAUCCUGAAGAACAAAUCCAGUAUCAAAGCCCGACCCGAGGAGCCAGUCCAGGACACUUCCGAGCCAGGAGCCCCUAUAAACUCCGAAGACGACCAGCAGAAGAAGUCACAGAAAUGGGAUGAAAUGAAUAUUUUGGCCACAUAUCACCCGGCGGACAAGGACUAUGGGCUGAUGAAGAUAGACGAACCCAGCACGCCAUACAACAGGAUGGUCGGCAGUGACGAUGAUGAGGGGGCGCUCAGCGAUUCGGACGGGAACACAGUGCUACCUGGAGAUGACCUCGCUAAGAAGCUGGCGGCAGCGGCGGAAGGAGCAGGAUCUCGCUUCAUGGAGGAACCAGAAGAGGAGAGCAGUGAGGAAGAGGAGGAGGAGCUGAGUCCGGAGGAGCAAGUCAGAAAGAAGCAGUUUCAGAUGAUGAGGAAGAUGCAUUAUAAUGAAGGUAUGAACAUUAAACUAGCCCGGCAACUCAUGGCCAGUGAGCUGGAAGAGGAGGAAGACGAGGACGAAGAGAUGAAGGAUGACACGGAGACCGAGGACAUCACCGUUGACCCCCCACAAGAGGCUGAUUCGUUGGAUUUAUAAGGAUGUCAAGAUUUUGUCCCAUGACCGUCUGGAAGGCAGCAUGUCGUCACCGGUUCAGCUUCGGGAUCCCCCUCCACCCCGUGUGUCCUACCAACAGCACAAUGCCACGUAUAUCAUCCAGCUCCAUUAUUUGCCAAACGUUUAUUGUCAUCACGCUAAGAAACGAGACUGUUAUCAGACAGGUCCAGGCCUGGACUCCACCCUCUUCCUGUGGCGAGAGCGUGGGAGUCCGCUCAGAAGUGUGCUUGUGUCUUACACCCCUAAUGAUCCACAAUCAACCGUACACUGUAUGUGAAUCCCCAACUCUUGUAGUGAUUGAGUUUAAUGUGAUCUGACCAGGCCGGUGGUUUAGGAUGCACCGCUAAUGGAGGACGGAUGUGGUCCUGGGCUCUGACACACAUCGCUCACAUGAGCUCUACUGUAUGCACGGCUUCUGAAAACCAUGUUUAACCUCAUCGCCACUAAUAGUAUCUUAACAGGUGAGUAUUACUGAACUAGAUGUCAAACUACUGAUCAGUAGACUGAACCCUGUGGUUGUCUCUGUUGCUUUUCCAAAACUGUUUAACAGAUGCUGAACAGUUCUGAUGGAUUUUGACUUGGCAUCCUUAUUGAGCUUUCUUUGUUUUGAUUGCAUUUUAUUUCCUAAAUGCCAUUUAUAAUGAGGUGAUUUCUUUCUAUGAUUGCUGAAGAAUAUAAUUAUCCUUUCAGUACCUAAUAAAAUAAAAAAAAAAAUCAUAAGUUUGGUAUGUUGAUGCAGCAAUUUGAUCCCCAAAAUUGGAUUUGUUAUUCUGGUUUAUCAAUUUAGUCAUGGACAAUCACACACAAUACAAUAAUAAAUAAUCAUCAUACUAAUAAUAAUAAGCUAAAUGGGUGAAUGCUGCAAACAAAAUAUAAUAUAUAUAUAGAAACCCCCCCCCAGAUGAUUAUUAUUUUAUAUAAACUCUUGAAUAUUUUCUAUUAAAUAAAAAUAUUCAGGCUUGUUACAGUAAUGCAAUAAAAUACAAAAAAUUCAAAAGUCAAAAAUAUUCUGGCUCUGUAAUGAUAAAUAAAUAAAUACAAAUAUUAUGACUCAUUACCAAAAUGCAAUAAUAAUAAUAAUAAUAAUUGGGGGAAAAAAACUUCACUGUAAUAUAAUAAUUCAGAAUAAAAUGUACCACCUCAAAUAAAACAUCCAGAUGCAUUACAUUCAUAAAUAUCAAAUAUUUACAAACAUUUAGUACUUAAGUUGUGCUAAAUUUUAAUGAAAUGACCAAAUUACAUAUAUUUUUUAUUUUAUUUUUAUUUUACUUAAUAAUAAUAAUAAUAAUAAUAAUAAUAAUAAUAAUAAAACGGUUCUUGACUGGUUUUACAAAGUUCACCCAAACACUGGCACAGUAUUGUUUUUUUGGAAACCGUUAUUCAAUUCAAGUGUUUCUGUCUGGAUGCAUUUUAUAGACCUUUUUCUGGCUACUGUGUUUCUUCUGGACAUAAAGACAGCACAAUCAGUGUGAGAUCUGUGUUUCUGAGAUGAUCCCAUCAUUCACACGGCCUGCCCUUGACUGAAUGAUGUCAGGAAAUUCACAAACUGCUGGACACAUUGAAUAUAAAAGCACCUAUUUCUUAACUGGUAUCAGUUUUUGAUGAAAAGAAUGAAAGGUCUGGUAUUGUCUUGCGAUGUCCCAUCAGUCAUUGACGUGGAUUGCACACAUUCAUACGGUCAUGUCAGAUAUAGUGCAGUCCUACAUUUCUACAUUCUCAAGCACAAGUGCUUUGAUUUUUAUCAUUGUUGAACUUUCUUUUUUUUGCUUCACGCGUUUUGAGUAAUUUGACAAUUUCUGUUCAUUUUAUUCCUCCACAAUAUAUAUAUAUUUUUAUUUUCCUAAAUAUAUGUGCAUAUUCUUCAAAUGAAAAUGUGCAUAUUUGUCAGUCAUUAAAAUGUUGGUAUGAA